CUUCACGUUCACUCACCUGCCCUAUCCGUUCGUUGUUUUUUUUUAUCGUUUGCACCUUAAUAAAUCCAAGGUGGUGUUGGUGAGAAUCAACAGGUCGUCGUUGGAUACCGUUCGAUCACGGCCAACUCCGGUUCGGUUUCGAUUCUUGAGUCAGUUGCAGUUCGAUGGCCGUCGCGUAAGCUCGUCGCGUUUGCGUCCUGUCGCGUGUAGUCUUUCCGUGUUUCGUACGCAUGAUUGGAGUGCUUUUCCUAUUUUUUUUGUUUAACUUGCGUGUCCGUUGUGUUCGUGCGCCAGGGGGGAAAUAAAGCGAUAGAGGUUCGAUUUGAUUCGAUGCGGAAAAAUACGAAAAUAAAAGAAGAAGCAAUAAAGCAAUCAAAAAGUGCCUGGUGUGCAAUCGAAGCCUACUUUGAUUUUGUUAUUUGAAUCCGGUGCGGUGAAAGUGUGCUGCCACGUGGUGGCGUUAGUGAAGCUCAACUUGAAAAAGUAGUGGAUUGUGGGUGUAAUAAAGAAAGGCAGAAAAGUGGUUUCAACUGCGUCAUUGUUCGAGUGCACGGAAUCGUUCCGCUCUGCUGGCCAAGUCGAUGAAAUUGGUUUUCGGCGGUAACCUGAAAAUAGUGAAGCGGCACGAAGAGAAGGCCUGUGAUUCAAUUACCCGUGUUAGUGUGCACCAUUGGAGCGUGAUAGGCCCGUAAAUUGUUUGUUGUGUCUUCUCCUUGGGCGGGGCUCCAACCGUAGAUGCCGCCGCAGAUUUUGUCCUCCUCGAAGAUGCAAUCCCGCGAGCAUCCGUUCAAUCGUUCCACGCGCCCUCUGCUGGAGCGUCGUGCCAAUAUGGCGCAACCGCAGGUCCUCAGCAGUAAGCAGAUCAGCAAUGCAAAGAAUAAGAACCCUACCCGCGGUUACAAUGACUUCAACCUCAUCACCCGACAGUACGAAAACUUAAAUUCCAACAAAGGAUAUCCGUAUGGAAGUCCUCCGUCUCCGACACUACACUCGAUGAACAACAUCGACUUCAAAUUUUCGGACGUGACAAAUGAUCCUCGCUAUCAUCGACCGACAGCACCAAACGCCAAUCACUUCUUUACGAGCGUUAGCACCAAUCGCAACAACAGCGAUCACGAAGACGACGAUGACUACGACGAACUGGUCUAUCACCACAAUCAGCUGAAUGUGGCGCAGUCCGGUCCGAUGUUGCCGCGUCGUCGGCUAAUCGAUGCGUCCUCCGGCGGGAACUCUCUACCGAUUCCGCCGGUUCCACCGCAGCGGAUUCUCCCGAUGCAGACGCCGCCGCCACCGCCUCGCGGCGAUACUCCGGAAAACGACGGACCCUUCGUGUUCGGAGUACAUCAUCCGAAUACCUUCACGCCGGCUUACGACAAAGCCAAGGAUGCAUCGGCUGCCGUCUCAUCCGUCCAGCAGAACAACCACAGUGAUAUUAGCUCUAGUAGGAAUACUUCGUCCAGUGAGAAGGAGAGGCGAGCACUCGUCAAAGCAAAGAAACGGACCAAAAAAGAUAAAAAGCAAAAAUCAAAGGACAAAUCCCGGGAAAAGCAGUUGGCAAGCAGUGGCACCAAAGAAAAAGUUCGACGGGACUCCACCACCGAGGAGGACGAGGACGACGCCCCCGUCGUGAAGUGCGUCCUGGUUGGGGACGGAGCGGUCGGCAAGACGAACCUCAUCGUGUCGUACAUCCAGGAUCGGUUUAUCCCGGAGUACGUGCCGACCGCUUUCGAUAAGUACAACGUGGACGUCAGCGUGGACGGGCGGCCCAUUUGUGUAACCCUUUGCGACACCGCCGGCCAGGACGCGUUGGAUCCCCUGCGGCAGCUGUGCUACCCCGGUACCGAUGUGUUCCUGCUGUGUUUCUCCGUUGUGCAGCCGGAAUCGUUCCGCUCGCUGGCAACCAAGUGGGCCCCGGAGGUGUCCAAACUGCGUGGCGCUGUGGUUCUCGUCGGAACGCAGUCCGAUCUGCGGAACGACCGGAACACAGCGCUCAAAUUGCAGAUACAAGGAGAGAAGCCCGUCCCGGUAUCUGCGGCAUGGGACUUUGCACGGAAGAUUGGGGCAAAGUACAUCGAAACGUCCUCACAUAAAAAGGAACGAAUCAAGGAAGCGUUCGAUACGGCCAUCUGGGACGUCCUGCAGGCACGGGAGUUCCACCGGAAGCGGCCCCUCUGGAAGCGGAUGCUAUGCUUGACAUGCUGAAGGCCGGCACCGCCUUCUUGUUGUUUUAUCAUGAUGUUCGCUUCAAACACGAGACUGGAAAUGUUUGUUCUACUAUUAAACGAAGCGCGGGGAAAACCAAACCCAACGCAAUUGAUUGUAAAUUUUAGUAAGGAACAAUAGAUCCGUUGUAAAGUAAUAAUCUUAAAUGACAGUUCGCAUUAAUUAUUCGUUGCUGGACGAACUUGUAGUUAGAGCUUAACUUAUUACGUAUCAGUUGGAAAGCACAGCAAAGUGACACGCGACAACACAUAAUGAUCUUUCUGUCCAUCACAGAUUCUUUGUGAUUAGUAUUCUUUUGUAUUAUAAGGCUCAUCAUUACGAUAUCAAAAUUAUGUUUUUUACUUUUCGACAAUCUGAUUUAGCGAAUCGAAUCUAGGCUAAGAAUAAUGAAAUUACGAGUCUUCCACUCCGACAAAAACGAAAUUUCUAGGCAAUAAACUUCUCGUUAUGCACAAUCAUGUAAAUAAAGUCUGCAUCACAGUAUGAUAGUGAGAGAAAUAAAAUCUUCGAAACCUGAUUUGUAACUAUAUAGGGAUCUACAUCGAACAAAACAUAAAUGUAUUAUACAUGUGUAGUUAGGUGAUGCAUGUUAAAUAGAUGUAAGUACGUAAGAGAGAAAGCUUGAAAGAUGUCUUGCCAAUCGAUUUUAUAUUGGAAAGUAUUGGGACUUCGACUGAAGAAACAUUUAUUAUAUUCGAAA